GCAGUGGCUAUAGAGCGCGAAUGCUGCUGCCAACGAGACAGGGGCAGCGCCUGAGACGAUACCAACCGAUCCAACAACAAUAUGACCACGAUAUGAUGACGAUGGCUUUGGCUAUGGCAAUAGCGACGAUGACGACGACAACGACAACGACAACGACAACGACAACGACGACGUCGACGACUACAACGCCAACAGCAACGGCGACUACGAUUAUGGACGGGCGGCAAUUGCUCGCGACGCUGUCUACCACCCGUUUAGGGCAAUGAGAAAAGCAAAAAAGAUAAAACAACA